UUUGACACCUCGCGGAAAGUUUGAAUUUGGACGAUGGCCGACUCGCUCGAGACGCACCUGGAGGCGACAGCUAGGGCGCUAUCGACAUGGGUGGAAAACGAGAAAGCUACCCUCGAGGAAACAAAGCAGAUAUUCUCGGAGGAGAUGGAGAAAGAUCGUCAGCAACUGCAGAACCUCAUGGCGAAGAAAGAGCAAUUGGCCACUGCUGCCAGCACCCGCGAGGAAACGAGGAGCGAGAAGCUUCGGACGAUCCAGGGUAGCCAAAGCGAAGUGCGACUCCUGCAAGCAGAAAUGUCGACGUCGGAACCUGUGGUCCUGGGCUUGCGAGCUCAAAAGGCUCUCCACGACAGCAAACUCUCCAAUUUUACACAUGACGUGUCCCAAGCGUCCCAAGCACAUGCUCUUAGCGUCGCUGAGCUUACCAAGUGCAUCGAUAUGUAUCGGAAGCUUGGUCUCGUGAUCAAUGCGACAGGAGACAAGAACCUAUCGUUCGUGUUCACGCAAAUAGACCGCGACGUGCCCAGUCGCGAAUUCACAUUCUCGUUGCGCAUUCGAUCCGACAGCGACUUGUUCGUCGGUAAGCCUCCUUUUGCUGUCAUCAUGAUGGAUACCUUCCUCACAUGACCUUGGCAUCUCUCUACACGGGACAGUGGACUCGUGCGCACCGGCAAUCCCCGCAUUGAACAAGCUCGUGGACCAACUCAAUGCGACUGGCAACCUCUCCAGCUUCGUUCGAUCGAUGCGGCAGGAGUUCCAGCACACCGUCGUGUUGUCGUAAUAUAAAACGAUACAAAGUCACACUGGUUAAAUACGCCGACGUUUCUGUGGUGGUGGGGGCGGCAUACUUGUUGGUUGAGACGCAACCGAAUCACUCGAUGGAGCAGUCGGCGGUGGGAGUCCUUCUACCGACACUGCGGGUGGGGGACACAACGGAAGUGGAGCACGCGGCGGGGCUUGAGGAAGGAGAGGUCCAAUGAUGUCGGGAGGAACAUGACGACGUUGAUGCGCAUGGAACCGUGUCUGGAGCAGCUCCCGUCGCUCGUCGAGUUUGGCCCGGGUGUCACUUGAUCGUUCGUCCUGGGGAAGGUAAGAGAUCUGCAAAACGCUGCCGUAGAACGGGUUCUUCACCGCCAGCGCUUUGGCACGACGAGCAGCAGUCACAGUAUCGAAUUGAACCCACAUGACGUCCACAUACUCGGAGGCGUCGUCGUGAUCGUCUUCGAGGCGGUGACGUUCAACGGUCCCAAACUCAGCGAGUCGUCGCAGCAACUCGUCGGUCGCGCCCAGCGCCGGGAUGUUGCGGACGAGAAUGAAUCUGGACUCUUCAUUCACUGUGUACGCCUUGGCAUCCCCUUCCGACACGUCGGUCCGGGCAUGUCGCUGCCGGUACUUUGGGAUAUCGGAUGCC